ACAGCGGGGUGGAGGGACGGGGAGCCUCGAAUGACGGCGAUGUUAGCGGAGUAGGGAUCCCUUGCCAAGUUUCCAGCGCAAGUCCAUCCUCCCUGCACUCGUCGGGAGCGAACUUUUUGCGUUUGAAUUCGUCUUUGCGAGGAACGCAGCCCUUGUACAGUCGCAGCCGUUGGGCGUGGACUUAGGACAGUAGGACAGGCUUGCCGAUAGAGCAAGCAGGACGCGGUCAAAGCAUUUCAAGAGCAGCUGUUCGUCGCUGUAGGAUUCAGUAACCUGCGAUCUUAUCGCCGGUCCAUUUCCUUGGGGUUACCCGUUGAUAUUUAGAGGGGUGGGCCACCAUUCGGUUCAUUAUCAGCUCAUUUUUCCGUGUGUAGCUCCUCGCUGCUGACGCUCAUAUAAUCGUUAUUUCCUCUAGACGCCCUGAGUCUUGAAGUUGCCUUUCAUAGCUCCUCAAUCGCCGUGAGGAAUUCUCCCGUCUCGCGUUCACCUAUCUCGUGUUGCGGCAUUCGCCGUUCGCCUACCUCGCGUCUCCGGCUCGCUUCUCUCGCUCCCCUAUCUUAGUCUCGCGCCAUAGCUCACGGCCUCUUCUUCUCGAGACGUCUCUGCAUCGACCAUCAUCUAUCUAGGUUUCCGAUCGUCGCGCCGCCGUGAGUCUCGGCGGCUCGGCAGCCAUGGCCACGCCAGAGCAGCUGGUGCUCGAGCUGAGCAUUCCCGAGCAGCGGGAGAACGCUUUGCUGGACCUCAGUAAAAGACGAGAGGCGUACCCGGACCUGGCGUUGCUACUGUGGCAUUCGUGCGGUACAAUCACAACGCUGCUGCAGGAGGUGGUGUCCAUCUACCCCAUGCUAUCACCGCCUACACUAACAGCAGGGGCGUCCAACCGAGCGUGCAAUGCGCUGGCCGUGCUGCAGUGCGUGGCCUCUCACCCUGACACGCGCGUGCUCUUCCUCAAUGCGCACAUCCCCCUGUACCUGUACCCGUUCCUCAACACGGUGAGCAAGACGCGCCCCUUCGAGUACCUGCGCCUCACGUCGCUGGGCGUCAUCGGCGCGCUCGUCAAGGUCGACGACACGGACGUGGUGAACUUCCUCCUGUCAACGGAGAUCAUCCCGCUCUGCCUGCGCACCAUGGAGAUGGGCUCCGAGCUCUCCAAGACUGUCGCGACGUUCAUCGUGCAAAAGAUACUGCUGGACGACGUGGGGCUCGCCUACAUCUGUGCCACUGCUGAGAGAUUUUUCGCGGUGAGCGCAGUCCUGGGCAACAUGGUGCAGCUGCUAGCAGAGCACCCCUCAGUCCGCCUCCUCAAGCACAUCAUCCGCUGCUACCUGCGCCUCUCCGACAACCCCCGGGCCUGCGAGGCGCUGCGCACGUGCCUGCCAGACCUGCUGCGCGACGCCACCUUUUCUGCUUGCUUACGAGACGACGUCACCACCCGGCGCUGGCUGGCCCAGCUGCUCAUCAACGUCGGCCCGCCGCUGCACGGCGGGGGAGUGGGCGCUGCCAACCCGCUGCACGGGGGAGUGGGAGCGUCGGCCGCUUUGCAUGCGGGGGCCAACCCGCUGCAUGGGGGCUCGGGUGGGGGCCUGCACUCGUCGUCCCCCUCGCCCCUGCAGCCGCUGCAUGGGGCGUCCUCCCCGCUGCACGCUGUGCAGCGGCCGGGGCAGAUGGGCGGCGGGCCCAUGGGCGUGGUGGGGGGGAUGGGCGGGGGAGUGGGGGGGAUGGGCCUUCCCCCGAUGGACACUCUGCCCCCUGUGAACUGAGGGAGGGAGGGGGCGAAGCGAGGGGUGUGAAGGGAGGGGUGUGACAGGUGGCCGAGUGGGGGGCGAGCGAGGUGAGUGAAGCAAUUCAGGGGAUUCAUCAUUUGCUCGAAUCAGGCGCACCUACUCGACUCGUGGCGUAGUUGUAGGGGUGCGUGCGUGUGGCCCGUUGUGGCCUUCCGGCCAGGCGCCUGCAGUAAGAGCAGGAACCUUCUGGAGUGACCUGAAGGGUCAUCUCAGUAGAAGUAGGGCAGCAGCUGUCUCAGCUGACACGGGUUACCGGUAACCGGUGCGGUUGGUUGUGAUUACUUCAUGGCCUCUGUCUGGCUUCUGUACUUGUGAGCUGGAUGUAUGGAACAAAGCCUGACGAAUAGAAACCAAGGGGUGCUUAUUAUUUGAGCUUGAAAGCCG